UGACAAGUUUACCCUCCUCGUGAUCCGGUUAUAACUUAAAGCAAGGCUAGGGUUUCAGCUCAUCAUAGCCGAUUACUUUGCUCAACUCAGCUCACAACAGAGACCAGCAACCUGAUCUCCCCUCUAGAAGAGAUUAGACAACUAUAUAGCAAUGGCGCCCACAUUUUAUGUUGGUUCGGAGGCUGGGCUCAAGAAGCUUGAUGAAUACCUAUUGUCUCGCAGUUACAUCACAGGGUAUCAAGCUUCAAAGGAUGAUCUCACUGUCCAUGCAGCUUUCACAAAACCCCCAUCACCCCAGUAUGUGAAUGUAUGUCGUUGGUUCACUCAUAUCGAUGCCCUUUUGAGGAUUUCUGGUGUGUCUGCUGAAGGCAGUGGCGUUGUUGUUGAGGGAUCCGCUUCUUUCCCAGAAGAAGCCAUUGCAACUCCUCCUGUUGCUGAUACAAAGGCUGCAGCUGAUGAAGAUGAGGAUAGUGACGUGGAUCUUUUUGGUGAAGAGACUGAGGAGGAAAAGAAGGCUGCUGAAGAACGUGCAGCUGCAGUGAAAGCAUCUGGGAAAAAGAAAGAAUCUGGGAAGUCUUCGGUGUUGUUGGAUGUGAAGCCUUGGGAUGAUGAAACUGACAUGCAAAAGCUUGAGGAAGCUGUUAGAAGUGUCCAAAUGGAGGGCUUGCUAUGGGGUGCAUCAAAGUUGGUGCCAGUUGGAUAUGGUAUUAAGAAGCUCCAGAUUAUGAUGACAAUUGUGGAUGACCUGGUGUCUGUUGAUACCAUCAUUGAAGAAAGGCUUACUGAGGAGCCCAUUAAUGAAUAUGUUCAGAGCUGUGAUAUUGUGGCCUUCAAUAAGAUCUAAUUCCUGCUUGAUUUGGUGGGACAGAAGAAAGAUGCAGGAGGGAUGGUUGUGUGGAGUUGUUAUUUAUGUAAUUUGCAGUUGUGUUGAUCAUGAGGGAUCCCUGUUAGUGGUUCUAUCAGUGUUGACCUUUUGCUAUAUAUAAAUGGUUAUGUUUGUGUUGA